AUGGCUAGUGGUUCGGGGCCACAUCCUGACCAUGGCCGUGGCGAAGGCGAUGGCGAUGCUCCUGAACCUGAGGACCAGCCGCGAGCCGGUCGAGCUUGGUAUGGGGCUGGGCGAAGUGCAGCGGAUGGCGAUGGAAGCGCUACUGCGUCUGGUGAGCAUGGACCGCAGAAUGGGGUCGCGGGGCAUCAGCACCAGACCAGUGGCGCAGAGGAAGGAGAUCCACUACAAGUUCAAGACCCUUGGGUGCCAGCAGGGCGCUCAACAGCUGCACAGGACUCAGGUCUAGUUAGAGAAGAAGCCGCGACUUGGCAGACUAGGUCGUGGGAUAGCACGUGGAACCAUGACCAAUGGGGGGCGCAUGACUGGUCAGCUGGUGGUUGGAGAGGUUCCGAUUGGCGAUGGGAUCAAUGGGGUAGUCCUUUCAACACCAAGCCUGACAUGCUAGACCCUCCCACUUGGCCAGGGUGGAGUCACCGGCGCCUGUGGAUACAGUCCAUCCGCAGGUGGAACAAGCAGACAGACAUCCCCUUGCACAGGAGAGCUGAUCGCGUUCUCAGGUCUCUUGGUUGGGAUCUGCAGAGCGACUUCGAACACUUGGAUGAUGAGGUGCUCUCCUCCACCCUCUACUUGGAGGCCAUCAUCGAGGUGAUGAACGCCAAAGCUGGGGUUCGUGAGGACGAUGAGAAGCGCCGAGCAUAUCGGCAGGCCAUCUCUGAGAAUCAGAGACUUCGAGAGGAGUCCUUGGCACAGUAUGCAAUUCGCAGACAGAAGGACUUCAGGAACGCGGCCAACUAUGGGGUGGUCAUCCCGAACUCUCUGAAGGCGAUGUUGCUGAAGGAAGGUGCGGGGUUGUCCGACCAAAAUCAGCAGAAUCUCACGGCUCUGCUUCAAGGCAAUGAUGAGGACCCAGACUUAGUUGCCAGAUGUCUCAGUCGCAUGGAUGUGCGUUCAGAUCGGCUGAGCGCUUACGUGGAUGAUGCUGCUCGGGAACCAUCCUACUUGGCUGACACCGAUGCCGCUAGUGAGGAUGACGACGUUUUUGAGAAUGAGGAGGUCCUGCAAGAGUUGGACAAGAUGGAGUUGAAUGAGGACCAGAUUUGUGAGGUCUUCGCCGUCUUGGAGCGCAAGAGAUCAUGGAAGGAGAACAAGCUCUUCAAAGCGGACAUUCGAAAAGAUCGUGGCAGCUUCAUCAAGGAUGGCAACAAUGGCUAUCCCCGUGGUCAAGCUGGAGGGCCCCCUGCCGGAGGCGUAGCUGGCAGGAAUCCUUCCCGCCAGGGUUUCAAUCGUGAUCAGUUGAAGAAGAUCUCCAGGUGUCGUCUUUGCCAGAAGAAAGGACACUGGGCUGCUGAAUGUCCGUCCAAGAAGGGCGCUGGUGGAGCUACGGCCUUUGCCUACUGCAGUGCCAGCGCUGACGUGUCGAGAUCGGCUUUUACCUUCUUGUCAGUGAUGGAGGUCCGACAAGCCAUUCGUCAAGUGCUUUACGGAGAUGAUCAGCAUGGUGACGGAGGUUGGGCCUUUCUGACCUUAGAUGGGGGUGAGGCUGUUCUGGACAUCGGCGCCACUCAAGAUCUCAUAGGGCUGUCUGCCCUUGAAGAUUUGACCAAGGAGCUCAAGAAGGUGGGACUGAAGCCUGUGAAAAUUGACAAGCCCGUCAGCACACCGACAGGCAUUGGUGGAUCAGCUCGGGCGCUCUAUGCGGUGCUGCUCCCAAUCUCACCGGGCGGCAUUCCGGGAAUUCUGGAGAUGACAGUCUUGGAGGGAAAUGUGCCGCCCUUGCUGUCAGUAGGGUUCCUAGACUUUCUCAAGGCGUCCAUUGACCUUUCUGAGGACAAGCUAGUGCUGCGAACUUUGAACCUGGAGCUGCCCAUGAACAAGAUCUCAACUGGUCACCGCACUAUCUCCUUGGUCAAGUGGAAGGGUGGUGAUUUUCCCAUUCCGGAUGACGUGCAGGAGAAGUACGGCUUGCCAGAACAUGCUUUCAACAUUUCAGCUUCAGCCUUUUGUGCGUAUCCAAAAAGUGCUGCUGCCGAGUUUGUCCGUCCACAACAUGAAGAACCAAUUCAGGGAAGUAUUUCAAAGUUUUCCUUUUCACAUGAGCCCAACAUUUUCAGUGAUUUUCACACUCCGCAAGCGAUCAACUUUGUGACGGACAGAGCAGAUUCAGCGACAUGUUGCUCAGCGGUGCAAACUCAUCCAGUAUUUCCAGGUGUAGAAUCUGUUGAGAAUUCAUUUCAAGGUGAUAGAGGUGUAGCACAUUUGGCACAAUCUUUUGAGAGUUCAGAGUUGCGGCAUGAUCAAAUUUGUCAUGGAGAACACUCACAAACCAGAUCUUUGGCAUGUUCACAAACCAGAUCUUUGGCAUGUGAGCAGCGUGAUGAUGUAUAUCAAGAACCAGAGCUGCGCUGCUCAAGCAAUUCGAUGGGCAGUUCACUCUGCCCUCACAGAUCAGCCUCCAGCGCCACUGAUGGAGAGCACUCGCGACUCUCGUGCCGCGCGCGGAUGGCAUCAACUGCUGAGCGCGAUGAGCGCACAGCUGGAGACCAACCGGGUGGCCUACAAGAACCUGGCUCGUGCAGAGCUUCGGACCAAGUUCGCUCCUGGGAUGAAGUUGCUGAUGCACGAGGGACACACAGUGGGAGGGUGUCUUCAUCCUUCCGAUGCCUUGAUCAACCGGUCCAACCAAUAUGCAAGAUGGACAGUGUGUCCGAAAUGUCAGGCCAGAGUGUGGUACCAGUCCCUGCGUCGGGGGAGGAGCUCAGCCCAGAGCUCGGUCCAGAGCGCUGCAACGACACCACCGAUCGAGCCCAUGUACCACACUCCGAAGGCACCACCUGUGGCACCUGGCAGAACAGCCGCGACACUGACGGCCUUGAAUCCCACGGAGGAGACUCACCAGGUCCUGGAGGCUGCGAUGUUGAGCUUCCAGAAUCAAGGGGCACAGAUGAGCAUGGCGAUGCAACAGGUCGGCCAGUCCCUGGAGGAGCUGGCGCGUGGGCAGGCUCAGAUGCUGAACAUGAUGCAGCCAAACCUGACACCGGCUCCGAAGCCCGCUGCCACUCCGACACCGUCCCUGCACGAGAGCUUUCACCUGGAUGCACCAGAGGCGGUAGCAUGGUCGGAUGUGGAGUUGGAAGGGUCCAGUCCGGGCUCAAUGUUCAAUCCGAACGAGAUGAUGCCCAACUACGACAACAACAACCACGACCCUGGCCGACAUGGAUGGUAAGGACUGGGACCAUUGCCACAGCUGCCUUACUCACCUGGCAUCAAUGUUCCCCUGACUUUCAAGAUCAACUCCACGGUUUGGGGUUUGAGCGUGAGGAAUGCUACAUCUUCAAGUAUGACCUUGGCGUGGAUCAUCCAGCAUGCCCUGACUAUAAGGUUGUUCCUGGUGCGAACGAUCAACGACACUCCACAGAAUGCCCUGGUCUUGAAGUAUGUCCUGACUAUGAAGUCGUUCCUGGUGCGGACGAUCGACGGCACUCUCAAGUAUGUUCAGGUGAUAAAGUAUGCCCAGGUGAUGCAGUACACCCAGGUGCUACUGAAUGUGUUCGACAGCUGAUGAGCACAGGGGAAACACAGUUUGUGGACCCGACAUCAAGACCCACUUGGGUUCCUCCUUUUGCUCAACAUCGACACCAACGCCUGACCAACUGCACCUCCUUGGAAUCCGAGGCACUGGGCGAUCCCAACUGGUGUACAAUCUGGAGACGCGUUGUCACAGAGAUGGGAGACAUCAUAGAAGAUAGCCCUGGACCCCAUGCAGCAUUGGAUUUUGCAACACCCCUGGAUUUACGGGUGAGCUGCUGGGGCCUGCCCCUGGACUUUGUACGGCUUGCCAACUUCUCAACUCAGGAGGUUCUGCCCCUACGUUUGGACUCUGAGGGUCAGGUCUCCGAGGAGGGCACGUAUUGGGCAGUUCACUCAGAUUUGUUGAGUGAAGAGGUCAUUGGAUUUUGGACCGAAGCUUCACAUGAUGUCUCUUCCAAGGGCGAGAUCCACCGAUGUGCCCAGAACCUCUGCUUUCUUGCCAAGAACACCACCAAUGGGGGCAAUCGGCGACUGGACUUUGCCGAGUUGUUCUCACCGCCCAGAGUGUCUCCUUUGGCACAGCAGAUGGGUCUGAAGGUGGACGCCAGCGCAGUGUUUGACCUGACGGCUGGGUGGGAUGUUCGAAACAAAGAACAUCGACGACGUUUCCGCACAUUUCAGAGCGAGAGACGUCCCAAGACAUUGAUGGCCUCACCAGAGUGCAAGGCCUUCUCUCCGCUGCAGAACAUCAACAAGGAGAGGUUAGACCCAGAAUAUCUUCGCAAGAUCCUGACUGAGGGCCAGUUGAUGUGGGACUACAGUCUGGAAGCUGUGAACACCCAGACCGUCAAUGACGACUAUUUUGGACUGGAACAUCCAGAGAGGGCUUCAUCUUGGAAAUUGCCACAAACACAACGUCUCCUACGCAGACCUGAUGUUGCAGUCAUCAUCUUCGAUCAAUGUGCUCUUGGUCUCACGGUAGUUCCAGAUGGCAUGCUCUCACGGAAGACCACCAGGAUUGCUACCAAUAACCCAUGGCUGGCGAAGAGACUGCUACAGGCUCAAUGCGUUGGAGGGCACCCUCAUCGACAGCUCAUUGGUGGUCUCCCAGCACUAGCUCAAGAAUACCCACCAGCUCUAUGCCAGUGCAUCGCAGAGAGCGCUCGUGACGCAGCCCUGGGACUAUCUCCUCCCUCCUUUGUGACAGAGCCCACAGUCUCAGAUGAGCCGUCAUGGAAUUUUCCAACACUUGCUGAAGGAGAAGAAGGAGAAGAAGAGAAUGAGCCAGCGGUGGCUGAACCAGUCACCAGUGGAACCAUCCCGGUUGUGACCGAGGCACAGAAACGACUGGUGCGUCGAGUUCACAUCAACACGGGUCAUCCUCCUCGUGACCGCCUCCUACGAGCCCUACGAGCUGCAGGAGCACUACCACAGGUCUUGCAUUAUGUUCAGCAUGACUUCGACUGCGAGAUCUGUCAGUCGAGAAGCGGACCUGAUGUCCGGCGCAAGGCUCAACUUCCCAAGACUUACUCCUUCAACAAGGUUCUCUGCGUGGACUUCUUCUAUGUGAAAUGGCGAGAACAUCAGAUCGCAGUUCUCAACAUGGUGGACCUCGGAAGCGGCUAUCAAGUUGCUGUGCGCGCUCCUGUUGCUGAAGGAACUCAUGGUGGAACUCCAACAUCAGAGAUGGCAUGGCGUCUCCUCUUGACGACAUGGAUCCGACACUAUGGAGCUCCUCAACUUAUACUCUGUGACGCCGGCAACGAAUUCCGAGGCUUCUUUGAGCGCAGUCUUGAGAACAUGGGCAUUUUCCAACAUGUGAUACACCCGGAGAGCCCCUGGGAGAACGGCAAGUGUGAGAGGCAUGGUGGAUGGCUGAAGAGCAAGAUCGACCGCGAGCUCACCAGUGGCCGAAGUGUGGUCCAGACCUUGGAAGACCUGGAUGAGCUCCUGAGCUCUCUGACCACCACGAAGAACACCUGGCUCAACAAGGGAGGCUUCACCCCCUAUCAACUGGUGUUCGGCUCAUUGCCGAGAAUUCCAGGUGAGCUGCUGGCCGAUGAUGAGUUGGCACAACAUGGCAUGAGGGACGCCUUUGAGGAUCCCAUGGAAGUCGAUGAAGCUGCAGGCGAGUAUCGCCGUCGGCAUCAGAUUCGAGAACGAGCACGCCAGCUGGCCAUGCAGCAGGACUCCACCGAUGCCAUCAAGGCAGCCACCAAGGCCGCACCACAUCAAGAUCGGCCCUGGCGACCUGGGCAGUGGGUCUAUGUCUUCCGCAGGGCCAGAGCGAAUCAAGAGCUUCACCUGAGAGAUCGAUGGGUAGGCCCUGGCAUUGUGGUUCUGGUCAAUAACAGCACGGUGUACGUUGGCAUGAGAUCAAGAUUGUGGAGGUGCUCAGCGGAACAACUUCGGCCAGCCCUGUCCAGCGAGAUUCUGGGGAAAGAUCUGGCCUCAGAUCCUGCAUUGAGCACUCUCUUGAGACAGGUCAUCUCGGGGCAACGAGCUGGAGCAGUAGAUGUUGCACGAGAAGGACCACCACCUGGAGGUUCUGGAUGUGAGCCAGUUGAGCGAGCAGAUGGCGUUCAACUGGCGGAUCAACCACUACAUGGUCCCCUCAGGCCACAUGACCAUCUUCCUCAACAAGCCCCGCAGGAAGUCCUGCCUGUUCCUCCUGGUCUUUCUCCACACGUUCCACUAUUACCUCCAGCACCUGUGCAGAGCACACCAUCCUCCAGAAGAUCAUCAACCCGAGAGCCAGCCAGUGAACCUGGGGCAGUCAUCAGCCCAAACAAUGUUCCACAAAGAGGUCAAGAACAUGCAGAACCACAGCUUCCUCCAAUUCCAGAGCAAGACACCAGAGAUGAACGCUCAGAUGACGAUGCAUCAUCUGGCGAACCUCUCUCAAAGGCACCAAGACUGACAAGUCCUCAGAUGAGGAGUUCCGAUUCAAGCUCAUCAGCCAUGCCGGCUCAUGAGGAGGCCACAACAACCAGGGCACCUGGGACUCCGAUCCGUGGACUUUUGGAUCGAGUUCUCCGAAGCCCGAGAAGAGAGAGAAGCCCGAGAAGAGAUUCAACAACAACGCUGACACCAGUUGAGCACAUUGACUCAACCAACCGCGUUGCUCAGCAGAUCAGAGAGUUUGACCACAUGUCUCUUCCUCAAGAGUCUUCAGAUCAAGCUGCCACUGAGUCGGUCACGUUUUGGAAUUUUCUAUCUGGGCUUCCUCAGACCGACAAGAAGCGCAAUGAUGAGAUCUCAUUGAAGGAACUCAGCGCUGAAGAGAAGAAGCUGUUUGAGGAGUCCGACCGGCUAGAGUGGGAAGCCAUCCUUCAGACCAAAGCCGUGCACGUCAUUUAUGGCGAAGAGGCGCAGAAGAUCAGGCAGCAGUUUUCAGAUCGGAUCGUCUCUUCACGCAUGGUGAGGCGCAAGAAGCCGCAACCUCUUCUACACAGCUGGAAGGCCAAGUCAAGAUGGUGCUUGCAUGGGCAUACUGACCCUGACACGGGGCUACUGGUCACCUACGCUCCCACACCACAGACGGAAGGCAUCAUGCUCUUCCUGCAGACAGCGAUCAACCAUCAAAUGACCAUUGCCUUUGCCGAUGUGAAGAAUGCGUUCUGUCAGAGUAGGCCAAUGAAGCGACAGCGAGGACCAAUCUUCGCUGAGCCUUGUCCAGGAUUGCCACUGCCACCUGGAGCACUUAUUUCCAUUGACGUGCCAGUGUAUGGACUGGACGACGCUCCAGCUGAAUGGCGAGCCACCGUCUCCGACUUCACCGUGAAGGACUUGAAGGCAGAGAGGAACGUGGUCGAACCAUGCUGGUACUCCAUCUUUGAGCCCAAGACUCGUCGUCUUCUGGGUCAGAUUUUGGUGGAGGUGGAUGAUUUUAUCAUUGCAGCUCUUCCAGAGCACUACGACAAGCUGCAGAAACAGAUGCAGGAUCGUUUUACCUUUGGCAAGUGGGAGGUCAAUGAGGCCGAAUUUGCGGGCAGACACAUACGUUGCACGCCUGAAGCCAUUUACAUUGACCAGCACAAGUACAUUCAAGAACAAGUGCAUCCCAUCGCCUUGCCGAAGGGUAGAAGGCAGCAAGCGAAGGAGUCAGUGAGCGAUGAUGAGUUCACGGCGCUCCGAUCACUCAUCUACCGCAUCAACUGGGUUGGCAGAGAGACCCGCCCUGAAGCAGCUGGCCUAGCCUCGAUCAUGGCAUCCAAGCUCAAGCACGCCAAAGUAGAAGACAUCCUUGUGGUGAACAAGUUUGUCAACUACCUGCGAUCUACGUCAGACCGGGCGAUCAAGAUCUGGGCCUUUGAUCCCCGAGAAAUGGCAUUUGUCGUCUUCUCAGAUGCGGGUGGGAUCAACACCAAGGGUUCCAACUUGUUGGAUGAAGAAGGCCUUCCAACAGAUUCAACACAGGGUGCUUGGCUUGUUUUAGCGACUGAGAGGCUGCCACAUGGCAGACAGAAGGUGAGAGCAACACCUCUGGCAUGGAGGAGCAGCAAGUUGAAAAGAAAGGUCUUCUCCACCUACGGUGGCGAGACUCAAUCCAUGUUGCAGGGUGUCAGUGAGGUUGACUGGCUCCAAGUGAUGUAUCGGGAUGCGACGGCACACGAUGUAGCUCUCUCAAACUGGCGUUGCUCAUUGUCCCCACACAUGCUUGUUAUGAAGGGAGAUUGUGAACUUGGAGGGCGUCAACAGCAGUGCUCAGUGACUGACGCCAAAUCGCUGUAUGACUGUUUGCUGCGUGAGAAUCCAUCCGGUAAGCAGGAUCGAAAAUCCGCAUUAGAACUUGCAAUUGUCCUCAGGGAUCUUCAAGAAACCAAGUCCAUGGUGCGCUGGGUUCCCCACCAAAAGAUGUUGGUUGAUGGAUUGACCAAAGAAGAUCCCCUGAAGGCAAGUGACGCGUUGCAUCAGUUUCUCAAGUCCGGAGUUUUGGAGGAUGGACAUCCACGGUCGCAAGGACGCAGCGAGGACGGCCAAGAUGGAUUGCCAAAGCUCGAGAAUGGCUGGGUCAGGCCCAGCACACAGAGCUCUACAUAUUUGAGGCAGUACAUCAUGUCGGACUUGGAACGUUGGCGUCAACUCUUCCGUGAAGAGGCGCAACGCUGCGUCAAGGAGCUCCGCGAGGUCAUCGAGCAGGAUGGAAGAGGCGUCAUGGCACGACAUCCGAUCCGACAUCUUAUGACGGAAGGGAACAGGGCCAUCAGGGCCAUCAGGGCCAAGUCGCGCCAGGGAUACCAGGGGAACGAGGUGAUACUCGUGGCAUCGACCCUCAGUGAGGAGCUCCUGUUGCAGCUCGAGGCGCAGCGAAAGACGGAUCAAGCUGAGACCGAGAGCUUGCGAAGCCAUGUGGAGGCUUGGGGCGGGCCGCAAAAUGGGACAGCUGCACAGUUGGCUUCGAUUGGUUUGAACAUGUUUGAACUGGUUCAAGAGCAAAAGGAAUGUACUAUGGGGGUACAUGGUACGGGAGUCCCUUUGGCAUCACUUUUCAAGCCCCCAGUUUUAGGCCCCCACCGGCCAUGUUUUGUCACACUAUCUUCCAGUUGUGCAGUUUGA